AUGCGUAACAAUCUAGCACAUCUGUUAAGUGCUUCCCAACUACAAGAGGUACAAGAGUGUCAUGCAACAAAUCAAAUUGCUGUACGUCGAAACUCGCAGAACGCCGAAGAUCUUAUUAAUGACGAGAAGGCUUGCAGAGUUCAUGAUACUCUUAUGUUACCUACAGUGAAAGGGAAUUUUUAUAAUUUGUAUUUAGUCUUAUUCCCAUUGCAAGUUGUCAUCAUAUUUGCUAUUUUGCUUCAAAAAAUGUUCACUGAAGAGUACACCGUCGAAUCAUGUGAAUCUUUUAUGGUUAUCUAUAAUAAGAGUGACCAGAAACCAUACUACGAUUGCUGGGUAUCUGGAGAACCUGAUUUAAUAGUAAAUCAUUGCAGUAGCAAUAUAUCGAUCGACGAUUUCACAUAUUAUAAUAUUGACUGUGCUCAGUACUAUUUUCAAGCAAGUACACUAUUUGAAGGAGUCAUACUUGGAUACUCCGCACACUUAUUACUAUCAAAAGUCAUUAUCUUUUUCAUUCGUUUUGCACACUUUGUCACUCGUCGUUUACACCUAGGACAAAGCGGGGGUUGCUGCAAAUCAUUUUGGUGUUAUAUUGUCCCUUGUUGUUCAUGGUGCAUUGUUCUCUUCUUACCAUUUAUAAUUAUUCUUGUCAUUAUAAUAUUUUUGAUUGUGUAUAGUGAUAGUGGCGACGCACGAGAAACAAUUGACACAUUGAUACAUUCGAAACAAAAAUGGGUCCUGUUAAUGUUUUCAGCAUUUAUGAUUACGCUAGCGCUCUGUUUUUUUCCACUAGCAAUGCUUACCAACGAUUUGACGGAUGAUUAUCCAUCUUGUCUGACUCAUGUAAGUCGAGUAACGAUACAAGCUCGAACUGGUGUACCUGGUAAUAAUGCAGACAUCACAGUUUACUCACAGCCACCAUCUUCGUAUACUCGUGGCUUCAGAUCAUUGAAUGAAAGUGAAUCUGCCUGA